UUUGAGGGUGUGGGACGCAUGCAAACACCAAAAACCAGAGAGAGCAGAUGAACGUCAGCCCUAGUGUCAGCUGCUGGAUUUUAAAUCCAUUCAGCAACACAAUUAAUGUUUCUGAUGGUGAAACUUUAAUCAGCUUUCUGACCUUUUCCCUGUUCUCCCUACAGGAACAGGUGUGUUUGUUCACUGAGCAAAAUUACACAACUUUUCUCAACAAAUGAAAUGUUUGUUCUGGAAAACAAGACAUUUACAGGUCAGCACCAGGUGUGGGUGUCUGUAGGGGUUUUACUGGUGGAACCAUCAGAUAAAAGCUGCACAUCUGGGGCUGAAACUCGACUUUGAGAUCAAGACCAGAAGAAACAGAAACUGAAGUGAGAAUGAGGUUUGAGCUUCCGCUGCUUCUGCUUCUGUUGUUUUUUUUUCUGCUUAGAGUUUGGUUACAAAACCGACACGGACCUGGUCUCUUCACACAGACGCACUCGAAGCAUCUUUCAGGUUUUUCCAGCCGAGUGCAUCAUCCGCUCUCCUGCUUGGCUCCAUUGUGCGAGAUGGAAAACAUGGAGGACUACGUCAGCUGGCCUAGUGACGAACCAGAUGAGGUGGUCUGCAACCUCAGCCCUCCCUCUGCGGAGACCCUGUCCCAAACCUACAUCCACUCCCUCAUCUGCGCCUCCGGCCUGAUCGGCAACAUCCUCGUGAUGAUCACCUACAGUUUCUACAAGAGAACAAAGACAAUGACGGACGUCUAUCUCUUUAAUGUGGCUGUGGCGGACCUGACCUUUGUGGUGGCUCUGCCUCUCAUCAUCUACAACGAGCAGAACGACUGGUCCAUGGGGUCAGUCGCUUGUAAGAUUCUCCACUCAACCUACAGCAUCAACCUGUACAGCGGCAUGCUGCUGCUGGCGUGCAUCAGCGGCGAUCGUUACGUUGCCAUAGUUCAGGCCAGGCGCUCAUUUGGGUCUCGAUCGAGGACUCUGGCGUACGGCCGUCUGAUCUGCUCGACCAUCUGGGUGUUUGCGAUGGUGCUAACUCUCCCUACGUUCAUCUACACGGAGCUCUCUGACGAACCGAUCUUCACAGAUUUCUCUGAGGAGCAAAACUACAGCGAGCUAGCUGACUUACAGGUGACAUGCCAGCUCACUUUCAACAACUCCGACACAGCAAAGCUGAUGAAGGUGAUGGUGCCCAGCCUCCAGAUGGCCGUUGGAUUCCUCCUGCCCUUCAUGGCGAUGGCGUACUGCUACUUAUGCAUCGCGUGGACUCUCCUGAGAGCCAACAGCAGCCAGCGGCACAAGGCCGUCCGCGUUGUCCUGGCGGUUAUCGCAGUCUUCAUCGUGUGUCAUCUACCCUACAACGUGAUUCUGCUGAUCCACACCACGUCGCUCUUCAAGGAGAGGAGCUGUCCAGCUGAGCAAACAAAGCUCCGGGUUCUGGCUGCUGCCAGGAGCAUAGCGUACCUCCACUGCUGCCUCAACCCCAUUCUGUAUGCCUUUGUGGGAGUCAAGUUCAGGAGCCACUUCAAACAAAUCAUGUCUGACUUUUGGUGCUUCAGCAAAAAGUACAUCUACUCCAAUCGCUUGUCACGCGGCACGUCGGAUACCUGCCUGUCGGGCACCAGAACCUCAGAAGGCUCCAACAAAAUGUCGUCCUUCAGCAUGUGACCGGGUUCUCCGUGAAGAGUCGUUCUCCAGCAGCAUGAUGCUCCUCUUACUGCACAGCUGGAUGUCAUUUGAACUUUUUAAUGGUUUUGUAUCCCAACAGAGGGAAACGGCCCUCACUUGAAGCCGAAGAGUUGAUGCGUUUUUGCAGUUAUAGAAUAAGAUGCAGUCUAAAGAACAAGAAGCCUUUACUAAAAACAUUCAGCCUAUUUCUGUGUGAAGUCUGUUCAUCUUCAGAAUUUUACUCUAAUCCUGUUAAAAUCUCUUAAUUAGCAUUUGAUAAAAAAAUAAUAAUAAAAAUCUUAUUUUUAAGAUUUUGCUUGUUUUUAUUUUUAUUUUUUCAGGAAAAAUAUAAACAAAAAUCAAGUGCAGAUUUUUUAAAGACUAGUAAAACAUAUUUUUGGACAGAUUCAGAAAAUGGAUCAGAUUUAUUAGUUUGGUUUUGUUUUAAUUAUUUAUUUAC